UGCAGCACCUCAGCUCGGCCCUGCCCGACCUGCCCAGGGAGUGGCUGCGCAGCCUGACUCAGGUGCUGGACCCGACUGGCGAGGACGGCGCCGUAACCGAGGCCGUGUUCCGGGAGGCGGUCGGCGCCGUCAGCCGGGCGAACCAAGACCUGCUGCAGCCCGGUGUCAUCCCGGACACGCCGCCCUCGCUGCCGUCCGGCGCCGGCCGCUCCGACGCCCGCUACAGCGCCGUCAGCAAGGUCUCCUCCCUCGGCAUCCUCAGCACGUCGCAGAUGGACACCAGCCUGAGCAGCUACGAGGGACUCGGACAGCAGUCGUCGCCCGUCGACGUGCCGGCCCUGGAGAACACCAUCGCUCAGCUGGAGCACUCGGCGCGCGCGCUGCAGGAGGAGCGCGACCAGCAGCAGGCGCAGCUGCAGCAGCUGGAGGAGACCAACCUGCAGCUGGCGGCUGCCGUCACGCAGCUGACGGAGAGGAACAGCAGCCUGACGGCCGAGCUGCAGCGCAUCGCCUACCUGCGCGCCGAGUGUGACCGGCUGCAGCAGGAGCUGGAGGCCGAGUCGCUGCAGCGUGUCCGGCUGGCCGAGCAGACCGCGCACGCCGACCGCCUGCUGACCGCCCAGCAGCACGAGAUCGACCAGCUGACACGCUGA